UUAUCUAAUCUGUGACUCAUUCAUUCAAAAAACUCACGAAUGAACUAUUCCAAUAGGAAUGAAACUCCCAAUCAAUCAAUUCAAAAGAAUUUCGUGACGAUUGCCAACCGAUCGAAUAAACAAUAUUAAAACGAACUCUCGAUUUCGUAGUGUAUAUUGCUCAAAUUGUGUUGCGUGCGUGUUUGUUUGUUCAUUUUUUACACAUCAGCUGUAAAUAUCACAUGAGCAACUGUGUCGCGGUGACCAUAUUGUGUGCCUAUACCCGCGGACCCUUGCAACAAAGAUUGUAACAAUAUUUACUUUUAUCAAAACCUUAUCGUAAUUCAGGUUGUUUAAGUGAUUUCAUAGUAUUGCUGACGUCCGUCCGCGCGUAAUUAACUCAGAUAUGGCAAUGAGCGAGACAACGCUAUCCAAAUGUCACAAAAUUUUCAACCGUCGACCCGCCGACUUGUGUACAAUGUGAUUUUCCAAAAAUAAGUUGAUAAAUUAACUAAAAUCUGUAAAUGUAAGUGUGUAAUAGUGUUUCUAAGUGUCAAAAAACGCAUUCCGUUCAUAUUUCGUGCUCAAAAUCGUGUAAAAAUAUCUCUGUGCUGUGCUCAAAACAUCCAGUUCCUUGAAAAUGGCUAGUGACUCAAAAUACGUCCAUUAUUGCAUACAGUGAAUUGAAUAAGUGCUUUCUUAGUGCAAAAUAGUAUUUUCAACUUAGUUUUCUACUAAUAAUGCUAACGAGAAAUUGGCGCGUGUGAAUAGUGUUAACCAACGCCAUCUAUUGUGCAAUGGAUUGAGUGAUUUUUCGUGGAGUUGUGUACAACGCCAUCUGUUAUUGAGUAGCGGCAAUGUUUAGUACCUGAUAUUGCCAUGGAGGCCGGUUUCAUACCGGUUAGUGCCGGCAAUGGCGGUAAUGCGCCGCAAGUUAACUCCGUGGUGGCGCCACCGGCUAAUGUUAUUCGCGCGCCGGGUUUGAAGCGCGGGAAAAUGGAAGAAGCUAUAUCGGAUCGGAUAAAGUUGGAGAGCGUCCUCGGGCUGACGGUUGGCAGUAACGCUGCUCUCGACUGCGAUCCGAACACCGAACUAGUUGCAUAUCCGGCAGGAUGCACGGUGGUCCUGUACAACGUGAGGAAGAACAGGCAGACGCACGUGUUGAACGCGUGCCGCAAGAGUGUCACCUGCGUGGCGUUCUCCCCCGACGGCCGCUACCUCGCCACGGGGGAGUGCGGACAUGCCCCCGCCGUCAGGGUGUGGGAUCUACAGGAUCCCACGGCAUCUGGUGCGGUACAGAUAGCUGAGUUCAUUGGGCACACGCAUGGCGUGAGUUGUGUUGCAUUCUCGACAUCAUCCAAGUACCUGGUGUCGAUAGGGUCGCAGCAUGACAUGAUCGUAAACGUCUGGGACUGGCGAGCUAACCUCAAGCUGGCUAGCAAUAAGGUGUCGUCUCGUGUGAAAGCUGUGAGUUUCUCAGAGAACGGCAACUACUUCGUGACGGUCGGCUUCAGGCACGUCAAGUUCUGGUAUCUCGAGUACUCUAGGAAUGCUAAGUUCAAGGAACCAGUUCCCCUGAUGGGUCGGUCUGCGAUCCUGGGCGAGCAGAAGGACAACGAGUUCUGCGACGUGGUGUGCGGGCGCGGCGCGGCCGGGGACUCCACGUACUGCAUCACGCGCGGCGGACUGCUCUGCGAGUUCAACAGCCGCCGCCUGCUCGACAAGUGGGUGGAGCUCCGGACGACGUCAGCGAACUGCAUGGCGAUAGGCUCCAACUACAUAUUCGUGGGGUGCGCCGAGGGCAUCGUGCGGUGCUUCGCCCCGGACACGCUGCAGUACGUCACCACGCUGCCGCGGACGCACUAUCUGGGGGUGGACGUCGCGCUGGGGACUAACAUCAGCCACAUGUUCACCCAGCCGUCCAACGCGCGCUACCCGGACGCGGUGGCGCUGACAUACGACGAGCGGAACCACAAGCUCACCUGCGUGUACAACGACCACAGCCUCUACGUGUGGGACGUGCGGGACAUUAAGCGGGUGGGCAAGUCCCACUCGGCGCUGUACCACUCGGCGUGCAUCUGGGGGGUGGACAUGGAGGGGGGCGCGUUCCUGUCGUGCUCCAGCGACGACACCGUGCGCCGCUGGCAGCUCGCGCCCACCGCGCCCAACAUAUACAGCAACGAGCUGAACAAAGUAUUCUACAUAGACCCCGAACUGAAAUUCCUGAAAGAUGUGGAUCUGACGGCUACUAACGAUAAGGACAAGUCCAAGUCGUAUGAUGAUAAGACUGGAGUAAGAUGCGUGCGCGUGUCCCCGGACGGGCAGCACAUAGCGUGCGGGGACCGCGCGGGGAACGUGUGGGUGCACUCCGCGGCCGGGGCCCUGCUGCACACGCUGGAGGCUCAUGAUGCAGAGGUCCUGUGUCUGGAGUACAGCGCCCGGCCCCGCCUGCUGGCCUCCGCGUCCCGGGACCGGCUCAUACAUGUCUUCCAAGUUGACCGGGGCUACCAGAUAAUGCAGACGCUGGACGAGCACUCGUCCUCCAUCACGGCGGUCCGGUUCCUCAGCUCCGGGGCCGGGCUGCAGAUGGUGUCCUGCGGCGCUGACAAAACUAUACUCUUCAGGCAGCUUAGACAUUCCCAAGACGGCGGCUACCAGUUCCAGCGCGGGCAGAACGUGUCGGGGCGCACGACGCUGUACGACAUGGAGGUGGACGCGGGGGGCCGCCACAUCCUCACGGCCUGCCAGGACCGCAACGUGCGCGUCUACAGCGCCGCGCACGGACGGCACACCAAGACCUUCCGCGGAACUACGGCUGAAGACGGGACGCUUAUCAAGGUGGCCCUGGACAACAGCGGCAUCUACCUGGCGACGUCGAGCACGGACAAGAUCCUCAGCGUGUACGACUACUACUCGGGCGAGUGCAUGGCCACCAUGUACGGACACUCCGAGAUCGUCACCGGACUCAAGUUCACCCCGGACUGCCAGCACCUGAUCUCGGCGUCGGGCGACGGCUGCAUCUUCGUGUGGAGGGUGCCGCACGACAUGGUGGUCACCAUGCGGGCCCGGCUCGCCCAGCAGGCUAUACGGCAGGGCAAGAAAGUAUCGUCCGCCAGCAACGGCAUGUCGGGGCUGGACAGCGAGAGCGACCCCCACUUCGGGUCCCCCCCGCGCGAGCUGCCCUACGACGACAACAAGUUCGGCCCCCCCGUCGUGCCCGACUACACUCUCCGCAUCGGCCGGCUCCCUACGUGGGCUAAGAAGAGUUUGGGCGACGACGCCAGCACCGGGGACACCCCCGCGCCCGACCCCCCCGCUAGGGGGAAGUGGGCAACGAGGAUCAACCCGAAUACAGAAAAACGCGGCGACUCCGACGGGUCUAAGGACAGCUCGCUAGACAGCGGUACCGAUACCAGAUAUAUAGACAAGCGGAAAGACCAGGCCGGGAUCAAACAGAGACCGAAAUCGCUCAACUUGUCCCAACUGCCUCGCGUCGAAGCGUUGUUCCGCAACUUCGAUGCGACCAUGAGGAAAACCUACGAUAUUCUCACUAUCUCGCCAAGGGUGGAAAAGGUUACGAUAAAUUUGUCAAAAAGUCGCACGCCCGAGGCGCGGACGCGACACCACACUGACGAUUCUUCGCUCGGCAGUUUUAAAUAUGAGGAUCAGGAGUCGACGGAGCACGAUGGUGACAUCGAGGAUAUAUCUGAUGGUGAGAGGACCUCGUCCUCCGAGCGAGGGAAUAGGCCCACCUACUAUCCUGGCAACAACGAUGAUGAGACGCCGGGAGAAUUCAUGGUGAACGCGAUGGAUGCUGACGAGCUUCGCGAGUCGAUGCGCCGCUCCAAGCGGUGGACGGGCGAGGCCAGGCUCGAACUGCCGCCGCCGCACGCCAAGCUUACCGGCACGCCGCAGGACUCGGAUGAUGAUGAGGUAUCGACGCCAUCGGGCGAUAACACGGAGCGCAACCCGUUGUCCGGUUCGUGCGAGUCGUUGGACACGGCCGGGCGCCGCGAGAAGUACAUCAAGUCCGCCUUCGACAGCCUCAGCGGCGCCGACAUGGACGCCACGCUAACUGGUGGUAAGCAGGCCAUAUGCAACACGUCCCUGUCGUCCCAGCACCUGUCCCGCGCUCCCGCGCCCCGCCCGUCCCCCGCGCCCCGCACCCCGUCCAAGAUGGUGGACCCGGAGGCUGCCAGGAGGAGGGAGGAACUCAACCGGAGGAUACUGGAGACUAGGAGGCAGUUGGAGAGUGUGGCGUUCAGAUCGAAUUUAAAAUCGAGUCAGUCGACCACAGACCUCUCCUACAUUCCGGAGAAGGAUAGCUCCCGUCGCAAUCGUCCCGUCUCCAUGGCGAUCCCAUCAAAUUCCAGACCUUACGGAAUUUUGCCGUGUCCGGAAGAGAACCUGGACAGUCUUAAUUCUAAUUACUAUGAUAGCCUGAACCCUUACUUGGACUAUAGGAACAAGAACCCCUACGCGAUACCAGCUAAUCUGAACCAUAAAAUCAUACCAGACUACCUAGACAACGUAGUCCCCUAUGUACCCCCCCAUGCGAACAUUCCGACAACGCACAACGACAAGAAAAACCCCCACUUCACCCCCUACGACACAAAACCUUUAGUUUUCAAAGAACAGUUGCCCCAAAAACCUCUAGCUUUCACUAUAGACAUGUCCAAACCUGUCCAAUCCAAGGUCUUUAACCGACUAUUCCCGGAAAAAGAGCCAAAACCCCGAAAUUUUACUCUUAAUCUAACCAAAAAUGAUGAAAAACCAGCUGUACCGAAAACUGCGAAACCAGCAAGAAGUAUAUUCAAAAAUUACAAGUCAUGCCCCGUUUCGCCCGUCUCAGAAGAAUGCAAAUGGUCUGAUAAAGCCAAUCAAAAGACCCAAAAACCUGACACCAACUCUUUAGACCCUAAAAAGAGGAACUCUCUAAGCUUCUUCGUCGGGUUUGACAACAAAAACCUCAAAGAUAACGGCAAAAGCAUUGUCGAUACUAUAAAAUCCGAUACGGAAAAAAUGAUAGCAGAGAUUACAAAGAAAUACGGAGAUUUGGACGAGUAUGAUGUAGCUAGGGGACAAGACGAUCUCGACUUAAAACCUACUAAAGAGAAGGACGAUGGAAAUUUCUCAUCAGACUCUUUAGAAGACUGUAGUCUGAGCCAAGAUGCUAGUUGCAAGAACAAACUCUACUCGAAGAAAGUGUGUAAGAAACACACUAAGACUCAGCCAAGAAGAUCUGUGUCUAACUACGAAAUCUACGGUACUGAAAAGCCUGUAGUACCAGCUAAACCAGCUUACAUAAGUAAUCAGAAGAGUUCUACUCUCCCGCGAAAUAUGCCGUCGAAUCUUGAUGAUAUAGUUGAAGACUCACUUAAAUACAAUUCUAACAUGUAUAGGUGUCAGAGUGUCCUAACCAAACGUUGUGUUACUAGGUCCAACGAAUCGGUUCUAAGUGAUAAUUCCAAUUGCUCAAGUAUUUCUAAUGAAAUAUUCCUAAAAUACGGCAAUGAAGUUGCCUUCCAGCAAGCUAAAUUUGAUGGCAGUCGAUACAAUUUGAAUGAUUCGCAAAACUGUUCCUACGAAAACAUUCAUGAUACGGAGUAUUUGGAGAAUCAUCGACAUAGUAGCGCUAGUUUCUUUUUAAACCAAAAGAAAUAUAUGAAGAAUAGUUGCAGUCAAGAAUCCGUUCUAUCGGACGAUUUCUUAGACAAUGAGAAUCAAUUAUGUAGAACAAAUUGUAACUCUCUGGAGAGUGUCCUCUCUGAUGACUCUGAAUGCACUAAAAGCGCUCCUCUAGAAAUGUUAUUCGAAGGCGCAAAGCCUAAGAAACAACAGAAGAACACUAGCAUACCACGGAACAGUAAAAGCUGUUAUGAAUUUGACAAUACCUCUAAAAGCUACGGCUCGAGUCCCAACAACGCUAAUUUUGGUUAUAUGUAUAACAAUUACUUAGGAGAAGCUUCAAGCCCUAACUACAGAGAGCCUAAACCAACCCCAGUAGUGAGCAACCCUAAACCGCCAACCACCAAAGUAUAUGGUUUCGACGUCCCAAUGGAUGGGCACAAAACGGUGACUAGAUCCAAAAGCCUGUACGAUUCAGCCUCCAAACAACCGCCCCCAGCUAAGAAUAUUGCGUAUUAUUUCGACGGAAAUAACAUACAGCAGUAUAGUAAGGAGAAAAAGCUAUGCGAUGAAAUACCAAGACUUAACAAAGCUGAUCAUAUGAGCACUACGAAGUCUCUUCAGCCGAAAUUUGCUGAUAAGUAUAAGAGUGAGAUGGACGGCUGUGAGACAAAAGCUAUGGUUAAAUCGAAAAGCUGCAGUUUUGAGGUUGUAUUAGAACCGGCGUCCAAACCGAAUCCUUUGAAAAAUUUGAUGGAAAAAAGGAAUUCUCAUGUCCAAAAGAAUUUGGAGAAAUUUGAAGAGCAAAUACGAAAGAAUACGCAGACCAAAGUUAGUAAAAACCAGUUGAAUAAGGAAAAGUCUAAUGGCAAAUAUAAUAAUGCCACCAAAAGCCUUGAAAGAGGGUCCGGACAAAAGAAUAACAAUACUAAAAUAACAAUGGAGUUUGUUCCACAUAAACCUCCGAAACCUAUCAAAAGGACUUCGUCAGUUAAAAUGAACAACAGACUCAAGGCAGGCAUAGAAAAAUCUGGACUAACGUCUUCAAUAUCUUCCCAAUAUAAGGCCAAAUUAGAUGGACUACAUAACAAGAAUUAUCUAGGUAACAAAAAGCCAGAAGAUGCGAACUCGAACAUAGAAGCAGAUAGCAGUGAAAAACAUUUUGACGUAUUUGUUAAAGAAAAAGACGUUAAUGAGAACAAAUCUGAAAUACAGAUGGAUAGCUUAGAAGUUUAUGCUAUGCAACGCAUGGAGAGACUGAAGCAAGUUAGCAUGGACUCCUUAGAUGUAGACCCAAACGAUUUUGCCAAAGACUCCCUUGAUUAUUACGCUGAACAGGACAAUAAAUUAUACGCUAAAACUUCUAAAGAUCAACUCAAUCUUAAACUCGCUAGAAAUGACUUGUCAAAACCAUCACAUAGUAGGCAAAGUGACACAAAGGAAAAUAUCUCCCCAGAAAUAAGCGAAGAGAUAAAAAAGUAUAAAAACAUUGAAAGAAAGAUAGAAAUUAUUAACAAAUUGGUCGAAAUGGAAGAAAAGAGGAUUCUACAAGAGAAGAUACUUAAAGAAUGGAGAAUGAGACCCUUAAAAGCUAACAUAAAUGACGGGAAAGGCGUAGUCAAGCUAUUAUCUAGAAAAUUCGAAAAACUAGCAACGAAACAAUCUUCUACUGUACACAAUUUCGCUUCUUUAACACUAGAAGAAGCUGAUACGGAUACCGACACGGCUUCAGAAAAUAAAGAAAUAAAAAGAAACCUAAGUCUACCAGACAUUCUAGAUUCAGAUCAAAUCGGUGGCCUAGUCACGGUCGGUAGAGAUUUAACUAACGAAUGUGGUAACACAGAACCUACAGAAGAUGUUAAAUUGAACAAUGCAUUUCAACCAGAAGUAGGUACUGCACCUAGGAGUUUAAAACAGAGAGUUUACAACGAAAUGGUAAUACCGAAAACCGACGUACACUUGGACAGUGAAAAUUACGAAUCAUCGACCACGAGCUCAAGUUGCACGAAUUCCCCAAAAAGACUAUCUUUUUACGGUUUUAAUAGACCUAAGACCCCAUUUCGGAAAAUGAUCAGGGUUCCAACACCGCGGUUGUGUAUGGAAAAUAGACUAUUUUCCCAGAAAAUUAGACCCGUGCUGUGUACGCCUAGGGGUUCUUGUUUAGCGAAAAGGGUUCCGAUACAAAAUCCGGUUUUGCCAUCAAAAUUUUCUCCGAGUCAAGGUCAAACCUCGAAGCCUUCGACUCCUCAGAAUGGCUCCAAUUCCAAGUCUCCAGGGAACUUCGUGAGACCAGCUCCUAGGUAUACCAAUAAGUCGAAUAUGACCAGGAGUUCCAGUGUUGGAGUGCUCAAUCAGAGCGACUCAGAGUCCGAUCCCCAACCCUCACGACAGCAACCAAACAGGUCGCAAGGGCUGAUGAGGCCAACCAUAUCUUCGCUGAACAAAGCCGCAGCCAACACAGCCAGGAGACGUGGCCUCGCCAACGCUUACAGUGCAGUGAGCCUCGCGACCGGAGCUCACGAGGAGUCCAGCUCGGAGGCUGAGGACAGGAACAACGGAGACGGCACCGCUCCGCCGCGGCCCCGGGCCUCCUCCGUCGACCAUAAUCAGAGGAGGAUAGGUCGCAGCGGCAGUGAGCGAGACCUGUCAGCGAAGGCCAGAGAGGUGACGGCCAGACUCACUGCCAACACCCGGCAGAGGCCGAAACAGGAGCCGCCGGCUGAAGCCAACUUAUCGUCGUCCCAGCUGUGCUCGGCGCUGACGGAGCAACUGACGAAGACGGCCAGCAAGGUGGUGCAGCUGUACGCCAGUCUGCAGCGGGAACCCAACGCCGCGGCCGACAUCAGCGGUCUCGAAGCAGCGAUCCUGGAGACUCAGAAAGUGUUGCGCAGCGCGGUGAGCCGGGCACAGAACGGCGACCAGGCGCUCAGCAGCCUGUCCUCCACCGACGGGGACUACCGCCUGCAGCCGCCGCUCGACCACCUCGUCGCUAAAGACGCGGCGAACUCCAGCAACCCAGCCAUGUCCCUCAUAGAACAAUAUUCGGACAUACUUCUGAACAUGAUGCAGACCAAGAUGGUGAGCCAGUUCAACCAGCCCCAGAGCCUACCGCCCAACACGAGGGAUCCCGCCGGAGAGAGCUAGUGAACACCAUGUGUCGUGAACAAGAAAAACUAUAAAAAUGUGACUUUAAUGUGAAAUAUAGUGUUAAAACUGUGCGUGAUGUGAGAAGUGUGGUUUAACUGUGGAUUAUUGAAAAGGUGGGUGUGUUUUUGAUGUUUGUAGUCUUGGUUAAGUAAUUUUAAACAAUAGGAAUGAUGACAUCCGUCAGUUAGGUAAUGAAAAAAUAUUAGACGCGUAUUUUUUUUGUCAUGUAAGAUAAUAAUACUUAGAUAAAAUUAAUCAAACUUCAGGAUUGGGAGCUAAUACGUCAUUUCUACUUAUAAAAUGUACCUGGAAGUGACGUCACGCGAUAUUUCAAACCAAUAUAUCGUCGAAAGUAUUUGUUUCUGUAAGAAAAUAAAAAAUCCGUAUCUAAUAUUUUAAAAUAAUCUGCAAGGCGGACAUUAAAAUAAAAACAAGUCAUCUACCCCUAUUCUGCCCUACCUCUAAAGACACCAAGCAAGCAUAAUGAUAUUAAUUAAAAAUGUUCCACAGUUAAAUCACAUUUCUAUAUAAAAGUUGAUGUUAACUUAACUAAAUUAAAGUUAAAUACGUUAACUACAGACCUCUACUUGCGGGGUCAUUUUUAACCAAAAUAUUGUUAAAACUACUUAAUUAAAGUAAGCGUCCACAGACCCGCAUCGCACGUAUCGCACGCAUUCCGUAUGACGUCAUCAGCACGCAACGUAUGUGGGCAUUGCCGAUGAUGCGGUCCGUACGAUGCGGAUCAGUGGACGCUGUUGUAUGAGUUUCUAUACAAGACAAACUAAAAUCCGUUGCGUGCGAUGCGUCCGAUACGGGCCUGUGGACGAUUACCUUUAUCAACUUAUAAUUCAAACAUCGAUCGGUAAUAGUUCUGUCCAAUGAUAUUAAUCGAGUAAUCGAUUCGAUAAAAUAACGAGUUUAAGUAAUAAGACGGUUUAAACAAGUGAUAUCGAAGUAACUUUUAAUGUUUUAAUGUAUUUGUAUGGUACUUUAGAAGUGUGUAAACAUCAGCUCGUGUAGUGUAGAUGUCCAGUCAACAAGGAUGUAGCGAGGUUGACUGUCCAGGCGACACACGUACUUAGGUAUCGUCAUGAGCUAAUGUUCACAUGUAAAACUCGCUAAAAUUCCUACCUCAUUUGCUGAGCGAUAUUAAACUUUAUUCCAAUCACAAUAAAGAUUUCUACAGUACCAUAUGUAAAUAUUUAAGAAAAAAAACAUAGUAAAUUAACACGUGAGAAUGUAAAUAACGAUUUUUUAUUAAUUAAUUAUGUAAUUAGGUACAUUUGUCAAUUUGUAUCUUUAAAAAUUAAAUGUCCAAGAAAAAGUCGUUAAAAUUAAAAACAAAUCGAGAAUGCUGCCAUCUACAAAAUAUUGUUAUUAAGAUCAGCGCCACCUAUGUUGUGUCGAACGAACUAUUGGUGGAGAAACAUUGGAUAUAUACAAGAAUUCGUCUAUUUAUUGAUUUUUUUUGUGCCCACGCGCUUAUAUGUUCUGUAUGUGUGUGUAACUAUUUUUAUAUUAGCGUUCCGCCCAUAGUUUAUCUGAUUAUUUAUUAAAGACCAGAUCUUAAUCUAUCUGUAUGCCAAAUUAUAUCUAAAUCCGUUCAGUAGUUUACGUUAAACGUGUAACAAACGCUCAAUCUCGCAAACUUUAUCAUUUAUAAAUACAAAGGAACUUACCAUGAGGUGACUCGUCUGCUCGUUUGCCACCUAUUCCAUAAAAAAAUCUAUUUUUGUUCCAAAUAUUUUAAUUAUAGGAACUCUUAUUUCUUUCUCCCCCCCUAUCAGACGUCAUCACAUCACAAACUCCUUUCUCUUACUUCUAUCACGCCUUACAAAUAAAUCCAUACCUAAUUGAUUUAUUAUAUUCACCUAAAUAUAUUUUUGAAUUACAAUAGGAAUAAUGACGGGGUAUGAAAAUUAAAAAUCUAUUUAGUCCGUCAGUUAGGUAAUGAAAAAAUAUUAGACACGUAUUUUUUUUUUAUUUUGUCAUGUAAGAUAACAAUACUUAGGUAAAACGAAUCAAAGUUUAGGAGUGGGAGCUAACUACGUCACUAUAGAGUAUAAAACGUACUCUAAAGUGACGUCACGAGAUAUUUCUAACCGAUAUAUCUUCGAAAGUAUUUGUUUCCGUAAGAAAAUAAAAAAUACGUGUGUAACGUUUUAAAAUAAUCUACAAGACAGAAUAAAAAUAAAAAUUAGUCAUCUCCCCCACCCCCUAUUUUACAACGCGUAUUCUUGACAGAACUUUUUUUCAUGAAAAAAGUAUCUUGUUUGAGUACUGCGUUGUAUAAACCAAUUUUUUAAAAUUAAUUACAAUUUCAAAUUGUGCCCCCUUUUAAGGGAAUUGACCAAUAUAAUUAUUAUCUUAUUGCAUUUAAUUCAAUCAUUCCAAAUAUUAAUUUAUAUAAUAUAAUAAUUAGACAAAAGGAUUUGGAAAUAAAAUCACCAAUAUAACAGUUUUUGUCAUAUGUCAUACGGUAUAUUAUGGCGAUAGACUCACCCCCUAUUACAUGGGACUCAUAAAAUAACUGAUGAAAAGCAUUUAUUUAUUUAUCAAUGAAUCCUAAUUCUCUUGAAAAUUUUGUAUACAAUUUUGUCUCGAUCCGACCUGUUGCAAGUUCGACUACUGAGCUCAAAGACAUAACUUCGAUUCUUUUUUCUAUUUCAUUUACACAAUAUAUGUACCAACUAUCUAUCUUAUUUCCAAAAUUCUGUGACUGAAAAUACCAUUCCUCACUACCGCACUCAGAGACAUUUAAUGCUUACUUAAACUAUUCCUAAGUAACGAUUUUGUAUCGAAAACAAUUGCUAAGGGCUGGGUUAAAUUUUAUAAUUUAUUUAUUCACUAAGACAACAAUUGGUCCAUAAAAUUGGUUAAUAAGUAAUACUUAAAAUCUACAUUAGUAUACAUGUUUAAAAUUAUAUGAAAAUAGUUAAGUAACCAUUGAAUUACUUUGCGCGCGGCAGUUAGACAAUAUAAAAAAGACAACACUAUAACUGCAUCUUUGGCUGAAACUCCCCCUUUUAAAACCUAAAGGCAAACCCGUAUUAUCCCUAAGACGCACUAACCAAGUCCGUAGCGUGUCAGGCUACAGAGCCGCGCGUGUACAACUGUACAUAGAGUGGCGCGGACUACAUACUACAGGGACAUGGGGGGCUGUCUAGGGCGCUUUCUAGGCUUAAUCCCCUCUGCCUAAAAGUCAAUGCCAAAAUGUCUUCUAAUAAAUCCCCGAUAGAUCUAUCUGGCAGAUAAAACACUACAUUUAUUUCUACAUAUCAGUUGAAUUAUGUUAAAGUAUAAUUGUCACAAAAUAAUUAUGUAGUUUAAAUACAAGUUAUUGUUAUUAUGACUAUUUUAAUAAGCGAAAAUACAUGAAGUACUUUAAAAUUUCAAGAAAAUAGCGUAUUUUUUUUUAGAAGGCCGGUAACGCACCUGUGACUCCUCUGGUGUUACGGGUGUCCAUGGGUGGCGCUGAUCGCUUACCAUCAGGUGACACGUCUGCCCAUUUGCCCUCUAUUUCAUAAAAAAUCUAGUAGGUAUGGUUUGAAAGCAACCAAAAUCUAAGAUUGAAAACCUACUUGUAAUAAUCUGGGUGUCUUCAAGGCCCGAGUGAAUAGGUUGCUUAUGUAGGCAUGCUCCAUCGUAGGCCGCAUCGUGGAGGGGGGAUCUUACCAGGGAAGAUACCUCAUUACUCAUUACCAAUAAAAUCUAUUAUUUUUAGCCAUGGUUGUCCCACUGCAGGGCAAAGACCUCCCUACCCUCCUUCCACUCCUCUCUGCAGAGCUUUCUGCUUCCAAUCCUUAUCGUAGGUGUCAAUACAAUCAUGCUUAUUAAAAUAGUUAUACCAAACAAAAAAAAUCUGAAAUGUUACGCUUAAAAAUAUGUGUAUAAUCACAUUAUUCAAUAUCAUGUAUUUUAUGUUGCUUUUGUGAAUAUAAAAUAUCACUAUUAUGUUUUAUUUAGUGGUUCUUCGAAAACUAUUGAGAACUAAUUUAUUAACGCCCGAAUACUCAAACGCUACUCAAUUUUAAGUUGUACUUCAAAAUCGUGCUAUCUCUGUCAUUUACAGAACUACAUUUGAGAGCGUCUUAAAAUUGAGUAGCGUUUGAGUAUUCGGGCAUAAGUCUGAUAGGUCAUUGCUUGGCUGUGGGGCUUGUUUACAUGUGGUCUACACUCCACACUAAGUAAUCGGGUUGGAGAUUGCUUACCAUCAUAAUAACUGAGCUUUGUCUACAGUAGGUUUAUAAUUUUGUAUCUCCACUCUUGGCUUACUGGUUGAAGAUCGGUUAGCAUCUCAGUUGCUCAUAUUGGAUUAUUUUGCCAACGUUUGAGGUUAGAAUUUGAUCUCUACGGUUGAUUAUCGGGUUAGAGAUUGCGUAGCAUCUUAAUAACUGAUGUCGCAUACCUAUAAGAUAUCAAAAUUAAUUUGAAGAAUCACAAUUUUUUAUUUAAAAUACAAAAAUCUUUGUGAAUCUUGUCCAAAGAAAUAAUAUGUACAUUGUAAUAAUAUAUUGAUCGAAUUUAAACUAUUUUUUUUUUAGUUCAAAUGUCUUCACUACCAAACAACGGGUUUGAUUUCGGGUCGAGCAAAGUAUUGUUAGAUUUUUCGUUAUAUGGACUCUAGAAUUGUGCCUGAUUAUAUGAUAUAUCCUUGGCAAAAAUGUUAAUUUUAAUAUCAUGUAUGAAAGCAACUGCCUACCUCUUCAUGGAUGAAAAGCCGUGAAGUUUUAUGAGGCUUAUCAUCGAAUACUCAAACGCAACUCAAUUUUAAGACGCUCUCAAAUGUAGUUCUGUCACUAUCAAUUCUUUAUAAAAUGACAGAGAUAGCACGAUAUUUAAGUACAACUUAAAAUUGAGUAGCGUUUGAGUAUUCGGGCAUUUUUCUCAAAAUUCAGACAUUUGGUUUCAUCAAUUAAUAAUAUAGCUAUAAUUCGAUCAAAUAAUAUAUAUCACAAUCGCUUAUUAAAAAGUAACCUUUUUUUUGUAAAUAAAUUAAAUGUAUGACUCAAUUUUUGUUAAAAAUGUAUGUAGUACCAAUAUAAUAGGGGAAACCGAGGUUGGUUGUCAAAGAGACAAAUGCCGUAUCAUCAAUCCCUUUAAUCCCAUAAUCCCCCUAAUACCCCAAUCCCCACAAUCCCACAAUCCCCCAAUCCCCAAAACACCACUUAAAUUCCUAACCGUCAAACGGCCGGCAAUGCAACUUGUAACGCCUCUGGUGUUUCAAGUGUCCAUGGGCGGCGGCGAUUGCUUACCAUCACCGUAAUACAAUCAGCCCCGGUUUCCCCUAUUUCCUAUUAAAUAAUUCAAUUUUAUUUGCCAUGUAUGUAAAAGACUAAUUUUUUAAGACCCUAUGUACUAGACAUUAUGUAAUAAUUUCUAAGUUAAUUCGUAUAAAUAAUGAUUUUCUAGUGUUUUUUUUUUUAGUUGUUCGACCCUGUAUUUUAUUCUGUAUAGCGAAGCGAUAGCACACUAAUUUUUAAUGUAGGUGAAAUAAAAAUAUUCAAAUUUA